AUGGAAAUGGGGAAAACGACCAAAUCUCCUGCUCAGCGCCAGUUGCGUUGCUGCGCUUUGCCUCAUUCAAUUCGACACGACUUCCAUAUUGGUCGCUUGAUUAUUUGCUGUACUCUUCGCGGCACCCGCACCCAAUCAGUCACCUUGUCACCUCCGGCUUUUGAUCGACGAGACUCGCCCACCACGGCGUUGUCGAGAUUUAACCAAUCCUUCGACAACGACGACACCGACCGCGACCACGAGGACAAGAUAUACAUUGCUCCGCCGCCUCAUUCUCCCAGGUCCGAAGCGUCAUCCUCGAGCCCUCCCUCUCCACGCCCACCUCCCUUCUCCUCUCUCUACUUCCCAACCGACGCCGAGCUCGACCGCAUCAGAGCUACUGUCGCCGAGGCUCACAGCGACUCGCUUCUAGCCUCUGCCCCGGCACCCUCCUUCGAGGAGGCUCUCGCCGAAGACGAACCCGGGUCCAAGGCUGAGCGUGAGACCAAAGCUGCCCUCCCACAAGAUACAAAGGCUCAGUCUUCCUCGGGCAAAAACGUUGACGACGGAGAGCCGCCACCACCUUAUACCGAAGGUUCUAGUCCGCUAGAGUCGUUCACAUACCUCAUGGCGGCAGCAGGCGGUGCGGCCAGCAUCAUUACACAAGUCCAGCAAACAGGCCCACCAAUCAAUACUCUAGGAGGCGAGGCAGCGGCUGAUGAACACAUCACGUUGGACUUGAGAGGAACGCAUUUCACUCUUUCCCGCGAUGAAUUGUUGACUCUGCCCGAAUUUGUGUUGCUAUCAUUAUUCCCCAAUGGUCUCCUCCCGGAUGGUCACAUGAACUCGUUUCAUGAAGGCGAUGUCUAUCCCGUCGACUAUGACCCAGCCUCCCUACAGUAUAUGUUAAACUUUUUCCGAGAUGUGGCCCAAUCAAUACCCUCCACAUCUCCCUCCCCAACCACUCCACCAGAACAUGACCCCAUAUCGAUCGAACCGUUACAGGGUUCGACCAAGGAUAUGCUUCAGGACCGUGCGGGGAUCAUUGUCUUGAGGGAAGACCUCGACUUCUACGUCAUUCCUCCUCGUGCGGAUAUUGAGCAGCCGGAAAUGACAGAAAUCAAACGUGCCGCCGGGAAAUCCUUGCUCAAGCAAGAUGGAAUCUUCUCCGGUCUUAAGCGGAGUGAAGAAGCAGGCACGACUGAGCAACAUUUGAUUGAAAUGUUAACCGCAGGCGGCUUUAACCAUGACGAUGCUUGGGGCCAUCGAGCUGGAGAACCAAACAAGGCCGUCAUUUGCAGCUUAGCUCUUGCAAGACUGCGGACUGAUAUCAAGGGAGAUUUGGCAGGGAGCAACGUUGUGGGCAUGGCUCAAAAGCUACUGCUGUUCUGGCGCAAGCCCGCUCGGAGAUGCUGGUGGGAGGGCGUUGAGCUGACUGAUGUGGAGGGAGUCGAGGGUAAACUGAAAGUAUGGAUUCGAAGAGUGUGGACGCUCGAGAUGAGCGUGAUCGGCCUACGAUGA